GUUACUAUUUAUGGAGUAAUCCCAGUUGAUUCUUCACUUCGGCUCCAUCGGAUCUCAAUCUCCGUCAUCUUCUGAUAUUGUUAACCUACAAUGCCUGCCAUCGCUGGACCUAGUUCAUCCCCUCAGAAGCAUGUCGUCGGCUCCAGAUUGGAGGUUACCGGAGGUCUUAGAUCCGCCGAAGUCAACACUUGUCGGAAACGCAAGUUGAGAUCCGAUUCCGCUGCGGAGGUUUCAUCAUCGACGCCUGUGAAUUCGAUUUCCACGCCGAUGAAAUGGAAAUCUCCCCGACGGUGUGCUGUUUCAAUCCCUAAGACGUCUGAUGAGGAGAUUAAGGAAGAUUCUAAUGGGAAUUUGGCGAUAUCAGCAGUGAAGAACUUAUCUGUUUGUUUAGAUGUUGAAUCAAAGUGGAACCCUAGAGAUGAGGAACAAAUGAAAGCUGUGAAGGAGGCAUUACAUGUGUCUAAGGCACCUUCAACUGUUGUUUGCCGUGAGGAUGAGCAGAGACGGGUUUUCGAGUUUGUGAAAGGUUGUAUGGAACAGAACAAGGCUGGGAGUUUGUCUAUAUGUGGCUGUCCUGGAACUGGGAAGUCACUAUCCAUGUAGAAAGUAAGACAACAAGCUGAAGCCUGGGCGAAACAGACAGGGGUGCCUUGUCCUGAAACAUUGUCUGUUAAUUGCACGUCAUUGACAAAAUCAACCGAUAUUUUCUCCAAGCAUCGACCAUGAGAUUGAUUCUUCACUUCGGCUACAUUGGAUCUCAAUCUCGAUCUCAAUCUCCGUCAUCCUCUGAUAUUAUUAACCUACAAUGCCUGCCAUCGCUGGACCUAGUUCAUCCCCUCAGAAGCAUGUCGUCGGCUCCAGAUUGGAGGUUACCGGAGGUCUUAGAUCCGCCGAAGUCAAUACUUGUCGGAAACGCAAGUUGAGAUCCGAUUCCGCUGCGGAGGUUUCAUCAUCGACGCCUGUGAAUUCGAUUUCCACGCCGAUGAAAUGGAAAUCUCCCCGACGGUGUGCUGUUUCAAUCCCUAAGACGUCUGAUGAGGAGAUUAAGGAAGAUUCUAAUGGGAAUUUGGCAAGUCCAGUGAUAUCAGUAGUGAAGAACUUAGAUGUUUGUUUAGAUGUUGAAUCAAAGUGGAACCCUAGAGAUGAGGAACAAAUGAAAGCUGUGAAGGAGGCAUUGCAUGUGUCUAAGGCACCGUCAACUGUUGUUUGCCGUGAGGAUGAGCAGAGACGGGUUUUCGAGUUUGUUAAAGGUUGUAUGGAACAGAACAAGGCUGGGAGUUUGUAUAUAUGUGGCUGUCCUGGAACUGGGAAGUCACUAUCCAUGGAGAAAGUAAGACAACAAGCUGAAGACUGGGCGAAACAGACAGGGGUGCCUUGUCUAGAAACAGUGUCUGUUAAUUGCACGUCAUUGACAAAAUCAACAGAUAUUUUCUCCAAGAUACUUGGUAAAAAUGAGUCCGGGAGGGAAGCUAAUGGUUCAUCUCCACCUCUACAACAACUUCAGAGCUUGUUUUCUCAAAAGCAACAACAAUCCAGCUCAAAGAUGAUGCUUAUAAUUGCAGAUGAGAUGGAUUACUUGAUCACAAGAGAUCGAGGUGUCCUUCAUGAGCUUUUUAUGCUCACAACUUUGCCUUUUUCAAGGUGUAUACUUAUAGGUGUAGCAAAUGCAAUAGACCUUGCAGAUCGUUUCCUUCCAAAAUUGAAGUCUCUUAAUUGCAAACCUUUGGUUGUCACUUUCCGUGCCUAUUCUAAGGAGCAGAUCCUUAGGAUACUGCAGGAAAGGCUUGUGGCACUUCCAUAUGUUGCAUUUCAAUCAAAUGCCUUGGAAAUUUGUGCAAGAAAAGUAUCAGCUGCAUCAGGAGACAUGAGAAAGGCUCUAUGUGUUUGCCGGAACGCCCUAGAAAUCUUAGAAAUAGAAGCUAGAGGAUCAAUAGAUCAAGAACCACAAGGUCCAGUUCCAGAGUGUCAAAUGGUGAAGAUGGAUCAUAUGUUAGCUGCAUUGUCCAAGACGUUUAAAUCUCCAGUAGUCGACACCAUUCAGUCCCUUCCUCAACACCAGCAAAUCAUAGUCUGUUCUGCUGCAAAGGCCUUUAGAGGAAGCAAAAAAGAUAGAACCAUUGCAGAGUUAAAUAAGCUAUACUUGGAAAUCUGUAAAUCUUCGACGAUAACGCCAGCUGGAAUUACAGAGUUCACAAACAUGUGUACAGUGCUAAAUGACCAGGGGAUACUAAAACUUAGUCAAGCUCGGGACGAUAAGCUAAGGAGAGUGAGCCUCAGAGUAGAUGAAGCAGACAUCACAUUUGCUCUUAAGGAAAUUCGAUUCUUCCGCAACUGUCUUCUAUGAUGAAGUUAUUGAGUAAUAGCAAUGGAUUCCUCCAUUUUUUUUAUAGAAUACAAAGAGUAAAAAAAAAAAUACAGUACACAUAAAUUGUAUUAUUCUGUUAUACAAGUUGCAAACAAUACAUUAGUUACAUACUUACA